AUGUCCGCCAAAGUAGCAGUUCUGGUCUACAGCCUGUAUGGCCACCAGGUCACCCUGUCCAAGCAGGUCGAGGCAGGUCUCAAGGCCGCCGGCGUCGAGUACACGACUUUCCAGGUAUGUGACUCCAGACUCCUGAAUCCGGACACAUUUUGUCACUUUCCUCACUCUUUUCGCGCGCGCACCUCUGCGCAUCCAAUCGUGCAGAUCGAAGAGAUCCUUCCCGAGGAAGUCCUCACCAAGAUGCACGCCAACAAGGUGCGAGCGUGAUCAAUGCUCAGGCUUAGCAGCGCUUCAUCAAACUGACGCAUCACCUUGAUGACCGACCUCCGCUGCCUCAGAGUCUGACCUCGGACUUGCCCAAGAUCGACCCUGAAACCCUGACUCAGUUCGAUGGCUUCGUCAUUUGCACCGGUAGUGAGUACAUGCGCACAGGAGUGCUCGUCGUCGCUUGCAUGGCUUUGCUCAUGCGCUACUUCCUUCCACACGUCUCUCCGCAGCUCGUUAUGGGUGAGUGGUGAUGGGAGCCAAUUGCAAUCCCAUGCGUCUCUUGCUGAACCUUUUGAGCAACCGCUACAUGGUCGUCCUUCAGACGCGUCCCCGCUAGCGUCAGCGCUUUCUUCGACAAGACCGGCGGCCUGUGGGCGUCGGGCCGUCUGGUUGGAAAGCUGGCUACCUUGGUCACAUCGACCGCCAGCCAGCAUGGCGGUGCCGAAAGUGAGUUCGGCGCAAAAGAGAUUCGUGCACUCGCUCCAGUCGCGAAAUUUAUAGGAACAGGUGCUCAUUCUGUGAUCGUCUUGCAUUCGCUGCUCGCACCUGCAGCCACCGCCUUGACCACUGUGCCAUUCUUUGCGCACCACGGCAUCAUCUUUGUGCCUCUGGGCUUCACUACACCCGAACUCGGCAAGGUGGAUGAAAUCAUUGGCGGCAGCGCGUACGGUGCUGCCACCAUUGCUGGCGCCGAUGGCAGUCUGUGAGUCUUUCGAGGCCUUGCUUACCCACUAACGCUACUUUUGCUCAUGCCACACGCCUGCACCAUGCCCCUCCAGUCAACCCAACGAGGCGGACCUGAAGGUUGCCCACCAUCACGGGUCGCACUUUGGCAAGACCGUCGCUCAGUUCGUCGCUGGACGUAAGUAA